AUGAAGAAGCACUUCAUGCUCCCAAGAAAUCCUCUCAGGGAUGCAGAACUCGCUUCUUCCUCCACCCCAACCCCCACUCCUAGCUCCGCCAAAUCCCGCCCCUCUCGCAAACACAAACACUCCAAGGAGAACGACCCUCCCGCCGAUCCCAAUCUCGCCGCUCCUUCCCCGGCCAAGUUCAAGAGCCCCUUGCCACCAAGACCCCCUCCUUCCAACCCUCUCAAACGCAAGCUCGCCAUCGCCGCCGAUGCCCUAACCGAUAAUUGCCCCCCCGCACCCUCCGAUUCCGGCGUCAAGGUUAUUGUGAGGAUGAGGCCGCUCUGUCCUGACAAGGACGAAGGAGAUCCCACUGUUCAGAAGGUCUCCAAUGAUUCGUUGUCCAUCAAUGGCCACAACUUCACCUUCGACUCCCUGGAUAUUUUCCAACAUGUUGGUGUGCCACUGGUGGAGCAUUGCUUGGCUGGUUUCAAUAGUUCAGUUUUUGCGUAUGGACAGACGGGGAGUGGAAAGACUUAUACAAUGUGGGGUCCUGCCAAUUGUUUGUUGGAAGAAAAUGAUCAGCAAGGACUUGCACCUCGUGUUUUUCAGCAAUUAUUUGCACGUAUAAAUGAAGAGCAAAUUAAGCAUUCUGACAAACAACUCAACUAUCAGUGCAACUGCUCUUUUCUUGAGAUAUACAAUGAGCAAAUCAUGGAUCUAUUGGAUCCAAAUCAGAAAAACCUACAGAUUCGAGAAGAUGUCAAAUCUGGUGUCUAUGUUGAAAAUCUUACAGAGGAGCACGUGUCUUCAAUGAAGGAUGUAACUCAGCUUUUAAUAAAGGGAUUGUCGAACAGGAGAACUGGUGCAACCAGUAUAAAUUCGGAGAGUUCCCGCUCGCACACUGUUUUUAUUUGUGUUGUUGAAUCUCGAUGCAAGAGUGCAGCAGAUGGUGUGAGCAGAUUUAAAACAAGUAGGAUCAAUCUUGUUGAUCUAGCUGGGUCAGAACGACAAAAAUCAACAGGUGCUGCAGGAGAGCGAUUGAAAGAAGCUGGGAAUAUUAACAGAUCACUCUCACAGCUUGGGAAUUUGAUAAAUAUUCUUGCGGAAGUCUCUCAAACAGGAAAGCAGCGGCAUAUACCAUAUAGAGAUUCGAGGUUGACAUUUUUGUUACAGGAGUCUCUAGGAGGAAAUGCAAAAUUAGCAAUGAUUUGUGCUAUUUCACCUGCACAAAGGAGUGAAACAUUCAGUACACUGAGAUUUGCACAACGUGCCAAAGCUAUCAAGAACAAGGCUGUUGUUAAUGAAGUUAUGGAAGAAGAUGUGAAGCACUUGCGACAAGUGAUUCGGCAACUAAGGGAUGAGCUUCAUCGAAUUAAAGCAAAUGGUUACAACCCAAUGGACUCAAGUGGAGGUCAUUCAGCUGCUUGGAUCCGAAGAAGCUUGAGUUUAUUACAAUCAAGCCUCAAUCGACCACCACCAUUAUCCUGUCUUGAUGAAGAUGGUGAUGAGGAGAUGGAGAUCGAUGAGGAUGGUGUGGAGGACCAUGAUGAAAUAUCCUGCAAUGCCAAUAUGCUGAGUAAUUGUAAAACUCGAGCUGAUAAUGACAGUGAAAUGAACACUGAUGAUCAGGAUUUUGCUCAUCCUAGUGGGGAGAAAAAUAUACCAGAUUGCUCUGGCAGUAAAAGUCUUGAUGAAGAACCAUCCUGUGCAAUGGUACAAAACAGUUUCUCUUGUCAUAUGGGUGAGUCUGACAUUGGAGGUUUUGCUGGUUUUUCAGCCUUAGAUGUGCCAACCGAUUCACCUAGUGGUGCAGCCUUGAAUUGUGUCUCACCUGCCGGCCUCAGCAUACUUCAGUGUGAUUUAUCCCCAAUCCUUAAAUCUCCAGCUCCUAGUGUUUCACCUAGAAUCAGCACCGGCAGAAAAAGUUUGAGGACGUCAACAGGGUUGUCACCUUCUGAAAAUGAUCUUCAUGUUGAAAAAGAUUUCAGCUUAAAAACUAGCAAUAAGAAACGCUCAUACUCCGCCUGUUCUACUCAGACAGUUCCUAAUUUCCUAAGUAAUACUGAAAAUUUAGCAGCAAGCAUACGCCAUGGUCUUGAAAUUAUUGAUAGUUACCGAUGCAAUUCAGCCGUGAGGCACUCAGCAUAUAGGUUUUCAUUACGGCCAAGAGAAUCUAGAUUAAUUUUUCUAGCUGAUAAAGUUGAUGUGGGCCUGCAGACUUCACUUGAUGAUUAUGUUGGAGAAGAUUUAUUCAUCUGUAGUUAUUGUAAAAGCAGAGAGCAACUUGAUGUCAAGGAGACUGACAAUAACUCAAACCUACAGUUGGUACCUUUUGAUUGCCCUGAGUCUGCUGAUAAGCCAAAGAAACAAGUACUGAAAGCAGUAGAAAAGGUUUUAGCAGGAUCUAUAAGGAGAGAAAUGGCGCUUGAAGAGCUUUGUGCCAAGCAGACUUCUGACAUAAUGCAGCUUAAUCGCCUGGUGGAGCAGUACAGGCAUGAGAGGGAAUGCGAUGCUAUAAUUUCACAGACACGGGAAGAAAAGAUUCUUCGUCUUGAGAGCCUCAUGGAUGGUAUUUUACCCACUGAAGAGUUCAUGGAGAAAGAACUAGUGGCUCUAAACCAUGAACACAAGAUCUUAAAGGAGAAGUACGAGAAUCAUCCAGAAGUUUUAAAGAUGAAGAUAGAGUUGAAAUCUGUGCAAGAUGAACUAGAAAAGUAUCAAAAUUUGUACAAAUUUGGGGAGAGAGAAGUACUGAUGGAAGAGAUACAAAGUUUAAGAAGCCAGCUUCAACUUUAUAUUGACUCUUCAUCCACAUCAGCAACCCUCACUGGCAUUCCAGAGAGAGAUGAGACAAAUGAAAUUUUAACAUCAUCCAAGAACGAUAUCGAACCAAAUGGAAUACUGGCAUCAUCCAAGAACGAUAAUGAAAAUGAAAUUCUAGCACAAUUUGAACAAGAAAGAAUUAAAUGGAAAGAAGCAGAAAGCAGGUGGAUUUCUCAUUCUGAAGAACUGAAAAAUGAGCUUGAAAAUAGCAGGUUGCUAUCUGAAAAGUGGAAGCGGGAAUUAGAUGAUGAGAGGCAGUGUACUCAGGAACUUCAGGAAGCCAUGCACAUGGCUAUAGAAGGGCAUGCAAGACUUUUAGAACAAUAUGCAGAUUUGGAAGAGAAACACAUCCAUUUGCUCUCAAGGCAUAGACAGAUCCAAGAAGGAAUUGGGGAUGUCAAGAAAGCGGCUUCCAAAGCAGGAGUAAGAGGUGCAGAGUCUAAAUUCAUAAAUGCCCUUGCUGCUGAAAUUUCAGCUUUAAAAGCUGAAAGAGAAAUAGAACGGAAAAUCUUAAAGGAUGAAAAUAAAGGGCUUCAGUCCCAGUUGAAGGACACUGCAGAAGCAGUACAAGCUGCUGGUGAACUGCUUUUGCGGCUUGAAGAGGCUGAAGAAGCUAUCGCUACUGCACAGAAACGGGCUGUGGAUGCAGAACAGGAAGCUGCCAAGGCCUACAAACAAAUUGAAGAGUUGAAGAAGAAACAUGAGAAGGAGAUUAUCACACUUAAUGAGCUCCUUGCAGAAGCACGUUUGCCGAAGGAAUCUGUACGACCAACUUAUGAUGACGAUGUUGUCAUGCCCAGUUAUAACGACGACGACGACUCAAAGGAGCCAAACAGUGUUAAUAAUAAUAGUAAAGCAGAGGAUGGCGAGCUUGCCAAACUAGCAGAACCAUCAUGGUUCUCUGGUUACGAUAAAUGUAACGUAUAA